AUGGCCGCAACUCUGCCUCCGGAUUCGGGGAGGAAGAGAAAGGAAGUAAGAGAGGUGAAAUCUGACGCCCAUAAGGGAAGAGAAGAAGCAAUCGUGUUGGUAUAUCUAUUGUGUCGAGAGUACAACAUGAAGCGUUUUCUGGUGAAACUGUCAACUGCACAAAUUGCGCCAGCAAACAGCAGGAUUCAGGCUGGUAUUGGCUAUGUAGAUACGUCCAUAGGUACCGGCUACGAUCUCUCUAACUCUAUAUUUUCUCCCGAUGGCAGGAAUUUCCAGGUAUCCUCAGGCCUUCUCCCCGACGGCCGACAUUUCGUAUCCAGAGCUAGAGACGAGGCUGAUAACUGGAGAACUACAUACAAAGGUCCCAUAUCCACACAUGUCCUUGCUAGCAGGUUGGGUGGAUAUGCUCAGGCGUAUACCCUGUACUCCUCCGUGCGGCCUUUUGGUGUCACCUCCAUCAUUGGCGGGUGGGAUUCAGAGCUAGAGCUCCCCGUGGACGGGGAGGUAGGAGCUGGUCCCAAGUCUGGUGCUGGUGGGAAGGUUGCGAGUGCGAAGGCUGGUGGGCCCGGAUUGUAUAUGAUUGAGCCGAGUGGGCUUUACUGGGGCUACUACGGUGCCGCCACAGGUAAGGGCCGCCAAGCUGCCAAAGCUGAGCUGGAGAAACUUGACCUGGCCUCGGGCAACUUCACGCUGCUACAAGGUGUCAAGGAGGCCGCCCGCAUCAUAUAUGUCGCCCACGAGGAUAGCAAGGAUAAGGAUUUUGAGCUGGAAAUGACGUGGAUUAGUGCUAUGGAUGGGCCAACGAAGGGCCGCCAUGAGGAGGUGCCGAAGGCAUUGCUUGAGGAAGCUAUCCGGGAAGCUAAACAGGCUAUGGAGGGGGAUGAUGAGGAUGACGAAGAGGAAAAACAAGGGGAGGACGAAGGGGAUAAGAUGGAGGAGUAG